GUUAUGAGCCCAAAGGCUCUGACCACUGCGCCAUGGAUUCCGCGGGCUCAGGUUUAGAGCCGACCUAUGAAGCAGAGGAGAGGCAGGAUGUGUCCGGGGCCGGAAGGGUUCCAGACUCCACGAGUGACACCGCUGCAGAUGAGAAUAGGCUGGCUCAGCAAGACGUGACGUCUGCGCGUGGGACUGGCUACUUUGUUGAUCAGACCUCAGAUGAGCAGGCGGCAGCGGAUGUGCUGGCUCGAGCUGAUGGUUUGGAACCAGAGUAUGAUUUUGAGUCUGCGGAGGGUGGCGUGCAUUCCCCGGAGAGAGAUGAGCUGCAGCAGGAUAGGCUGCUGGGUUUAUCUGGCGAUCGGGAAGAACAACAUGGAGCCGGAGCGGCUCACUCUCACGUGGAGUCUGCGAGACUGGAGGGAAGCUCUGGCUUGAGACAGCGUGAGGUUGAAGAGCGAUUUCCAGGACGAGGUCGCGAGACAGCUAUGCUGAACGGAGGGCCAAGACCUGGGAAGGGCCGUGGAAACCCAUCUGUGUUUUCUGGUUGGGAAGAAGCUGGAUUUACAGUACAAGCUCCACAGGAGGCUCAGGGAGUAAGCCGAGUUCAGCCUGGCAGCGUACCACUGGGCGGUGAGGCAACGAGGAUGGAGCAUCUGGAGUUUCUAGUCGAACAGCUGCUUGAGCAAAAUGCGCAGCUGAAGCAGGAGAGACUGGAUGUCCAGCGUCGAAGUUCAGCUGACUGGGAUGUAGGUAAGGGUAUCGGUUCUAGUGGUGAUGAUGGUUGGGCCCCUACUCUUAGAACCUUCAAGCCUCCAUGGACUAGCUUCGCGCAGUCAGAGGACGUACGUGCACCACCCUUGCCAGCCGUAGGCAUGCCUCAGUUCAGCAGUGGUAAUGCAAGACCGAAUCUCGAGUGCGCCAAGCUGGAGAAUCAGAGAGUCGAGACCCGAGAGGAGACUUCUGCUGAGGGUGAGGUUGUCCUUCAGUCAGAACAGCCAAAAUACUUCGCAAUAGAGGAUGGGGACCAAGGCGCCUCCACCACCGCCUCCGCCACCUCAGGUGUCGCCAACCGGGGCAUGCCAUGGGCAGUUGUUGGAUAUGCUAACGCAUCACCGGCUACACCAGGCGGUACUAAGGUUCCCAAGGUGCCACCUCCAGCUAGUCCUCCCCGCGAGUUGCAGAGGGAUGCCACUGUGCGAGUGACGCCAUUUUUCAACGAUCUUGCGCCGAGGGGUCAUGAGUGGUGGCAGCGAGUGAUCUUGGAGGCUAAGGCUGAGUAUGAUAGGAUGUUUCAGCCUGGGGGUUUGUCUGAAAGGUCUGAACUUCUGAAGGGGCUUACAGGGCUUCCAGUAUGUGACACCGCAUCUAGCGCGGUAGCUGCUUUGCAGAAGUGGUUUCGGCAUCUUGAGAGGGCUAAGACUAUGGAGAUUAGCGUGCCGGACAGUUCCCUGCUUCUGGAUGGGGUAGACAAGUGCAUGAAGGGCGUUCUUCAAGCCAAUCCCAAUCUCCUGUUUCGUAUCCAGGCCAUUCGUAUGCAGCUUCAGCUUGAUACAACUCCGACUCAGGAAGCAGUGGAAGAAUACACCAGGACUCUGCUUGCUGAGAUGGAGUUGUUGUCUGUGUCCAUGCCCGAUGCAGGGAACAAGCGACAGCGCAUUGCAGCGGUUACCUUAGACCCUGGAGAUGAUAAAGGAAAGGGUAAGAAGGGUAAGAAGGGGGACGAGGCAGGGAAAACAGCAGGUGUGGGCACCGGGAGAGGGGGAAAGGAUGCACGGAAGGUUUGCCCAGCCUGGUCUACAGAAGCUGGAUGCCCUCAGGGGAGGUUGUGCACUUUGGCUCACACUCCUGAACGUCCUGGGGGGUGCUGGGUGUGUGGCGGGAGUCAUCACAAGCAUGAGUGCAAGGCACCAGGAGGGGGAAAGGCCCCAAAGGCGGAUGGGGAGACUCCUAAUACAGGUGGUGAUGCGGAGCUGAAGAACAAGGAAGGAAAAGGCAAGGCAACCGACCGGGGGAAUCCCAAGGGUCCACGGGGGCAAGGGGGAAAGACGACGCAGAGGGGAACUAGUAGCCAGGGCGGCAUCUCGGAAGCUGCAAUCAAGGAGGCUGCUCAGAUUCUUCAGAGUCUCCGUCUGUCAGCGGUUCGGUGUGACAUCAAGAGUGCCUCGGAGGUUCUCAGCAGGGCCAAUGAGCAUGGCCGCAGAGGGCUCAUAGACGGGGGCGCAACGGCGUGUCUGCGCACUGCUCAUAGCUCGGAGAGGUCGUUGCCAACGAUACCCGUACGGUUGGCAUGCGGGAGCUGCGAUUUACAUGUCAAUCAGUAUGGUACUUUGUUAAGUGGGGUUCCGGUUUCGCCGAUAAUUUCUGUGAAGGCACUGUUACGGCUCGGUUACCGCAUUGAUUGGAAUGCCUCAAGGUGCAGGGUAUAUCACCCCAAGUUUGGGGAACUUGACGUUGACACCAGCACUGGCUGUCCAGAGGUCGACGAGGGCGUUGCUUUGGAGUUAAUCGACCAGUACGAGCUGUAUGUGGGGCAGCAUGACACAAGGGGUGCAAGGUUGAGAUGUAUCAUUGAGGACUUGAAGACCAAGGGAACAAGGGACUUAGUGGGUUUGAUGGGGGACGGGGACUCGCAGGCGGAUGCGGCCUUCAGCGUGUACAUUGCUAGGCUUUUUCCAGGAGUGUGCAAUGAGACACUGGAGCAGUGCGUGGUCUUUGAAGCUGUUGCCCAUCGGUGGGACUUCGCUCAUCUGACAGUGGGGGAGUCAACCGACUUGCUGCGUGAGCGGGCGCAGAGGAAUGUGGAUGACGUUUUGAUCCUGAGGUUCUUUACUCUUAUUUUGCUGUCCUUUGAGUCUAACAGGGCAAAGGGCAUUCCGGAGCCGGCUUGCAUAGUGGAGCACCCCUGCUCAGAGCUUGAGGUUAAGGGAGAUACCGGCAAUCAGUGUGAUCAGGAAAGUGUUUCGCUGUGGAAUACUCCAGAAUGGCAGGCCAUUGAGCACUGUACGGGAAUGACGAAGGUCAAGUUCUUCCAGGGACCCAUGGGCCACAGAAAGCGUCGCCCUACUUGCUUGGGAACCAAUCUGGAGCCAGAUCCGGUUUUGGUUGAGUGUGGAGUUCCGUUGGAGGUCAUCGACUACAUCCCUAAGAGGGAUUUUGGUGUCGUUGCGGAACUUUGGACAGAGUGGGCCCGUUAUCUCAUUGUGGGUGUCCUAUCUGUGCCAAUUCUAGCGGUGGAUGGAAAAAGCGUCGAUGAGCCUUGUGAUGCUGAUCCAGGUCCUCCUCUGCCAGAGGGUGGUGUCAUUGAGGAUGCUGAGUGGUUGGCGGAUGGUUUGGAUAAAGUAGAGGAUCCUGACCCGGAGCUACCGAUGCGGGAGUUGGCGGAUGCUAGAGAGAAGUGGAACGAGUGGGAUCGUUUGGUGAAGUCGAGUCGGGAUGACUGGAUAAAAGAAGCCCAGUCGGAGCAUCUACCCAAGGUUGAGAUUGUUGAUUUCAUCUACGUGGAACCUAUUGAGAGAAAGACUCAUGGAGAAGUCUUGACUGCAAUUGGGAGGACUAUUCUCCAGGAGUCGGAUUCUGAGAAGUAUGAUUGGCCUCUAGCAGCCAAGUUGGCGGCUCAUGAGUUGAAGAAUGCAUCACGGCGAAGACUGAAGCUUGAUCUGCAGCAGUCACUGCCCUUCAACACCAGGGUUCAAAUCAUCAGCCGUAGCUGGAAGCGGGAAACCUGGGAGUCUCGUACCUCUACUGCUCUGGUUAAAUGUCCAUCCGCAGAUAUGUCUCGUGGUUGGGUUGUGGCGACUGAAGACGACAAGCUGUUGACUACGGGGAAGCUGUUUCCUUCCAUCGAUCAAGGAAAAGUGUCCUUUAGCAGCACAGGCCCUGCAGUGGAUCUUGAUGCACCGGAUUAUCGGCUUAAGGGCAAGACUUCGCUGAGGUUGGUUCAGGUCCCAGAGUGGUCAGAGCCUCUUCAUGCUGUGGAUAAGCUUGCAAAGGGCUUGUUUGAGCAGGAGAGAUUCAAACCGAAAGACCUUGCUGAAUUGGCGGUUGGGUUGUCACAGCUGUCUCAACAAAGUUCUCGUAUGGUAAAAGACCUUGGAGCUGCUGACCCCAAGUUGGGUAGAAGGUGUAACUUUCUUGCGGGUGCGUUUUCGUAUGGGGGAAUGACUGGGAUUAAGAGUAGUACCAAGGACCAUCCGUGGGUGACCAGGUACUUGACCGCAUACAUGAACAAGUACACCGAUGGUCUUUAUGCUGGUGUAGGAUUGAUUCUGAAUACGGAUCAUGCUUUGCAUCGGGACCUGCAUAACCAGAAGGGGGUUUCGAAUAUUGUCCUUCCGGUGGUUACGUCUGGGGGAGGUCUGUGGCUCCAGGACUCUCAGGCGGAAGGUGAGUUGGGAGGCGCUGGACGGGACCUAGUGGUUAAGCAUACACCUGAUGGAAAAGCCUUGGAGGGUCGGGUACAUGUUUAUAAGGCGCACGAGGCGAUCAAGUUUCUUCCCAACCGAUGGCACGAAUCUGUUGGUGCUACCGGACAACAGCUGCUUUUGAUCGGAUACACACCUCGCAGCCUUCACAAGCUGUCACGGUCAGAUCGUCAGUGGUUGUGGCACACUGGCUUCACCCUGUUACCUGCGAGUAAGGAUGAGUUUUGGGGUUACAAUCAUAGUGCACAGGUGUUGACCAGGUAUCACCCGGUCCCGAGACGGCAAAUGUUUGUGCCCUCAGCACAUGAGUGGUUGCCGUUUGAUCGCGACUGGAUUGGUGACAUUAGUGUGCUGGAUGAAGUUGCGACGCAGCAUCAGAAGGUUUGUGCUCUUCUUCAGGCAGCGGAAGAUGAAUGCUGUGAGCAGGUUACUGGUAGUGUCGACAAGCUCUACUGGAGCGCUCUAGAGGCGCUGGAGUGCCAGGGGUGCGAGUUGCAAGGGUAUGAAAGUCAGCUGUUGAAUUCUGCGAUGCCAGUUGUUCUGAAGAGCCUGUCAGUUGUCGAUUCUGUGGUGACUGGCGAGGGAGAAGAGAGUGCGAAGACUGAAGGUUUGGACUCGGGGGGUGGAGACCUUUCUGAUCCUCCACCUCUCCAAACAAAAAUCAUUGGAGCCGAUCAGGUGCGCCGAGAGCCGGAAAAGUGGGUUCCUUCAAUGAAAGAAGAGUACCAAUCCCUUGUAUCCCGAACUGGAGCUGUACAGGAGCUUUCAGACAGCCAAUACAAACAGUUGCUUGAGGACCCAGGCGUCACAUUGGAAGUCAUUCCCGGAAAACUAGUAUACGUCCACAAGUCGUCGGGAAGGCGAAAAUCCCGAAUAGUCGGGUGCGGCAAUUAUUGCCAGGGGGGAAGCAGCGAGCGAAGCGAGCUCUAUGCGAGCGGGGCGGGGGCCGAAUCGCUUCGCCUAAUGAUCCGUAGGUGUGCACUUCAGUCUGAGUGGGUGCUCGCGUCUGUGGAUGUGCGAACGGCAUUCCUUCAAGCACCGCUGCUUGAGCAGCAACGUGAUGGCCGACGCCUUAUCACCAUAGUCCGCGUGCCCUCUAUUUUGCGAGAGACAAGUGUGACAGAUUGUAAGUUUUGGAGAGUGCAGAAAGCGCUCUACGGACUUGCAUCAGCUCCAAAGUCCUGGUCCAGCUACCGGGACAAGGUUCUAGCUGGACUUCGUAUUCCUUGCGAAGGGGGCGAGUUGCGCCUCUCAAAGAUGAUAGAAGACGCAAAUCUGCUUCACAUCAUCAGGAUUCCAGGUGGGGAUGAGAAUGUAAACUCAGAGGGCCAGAGGAUUGGGAUCAUAGCUCUCUACGUGGAUGAUAUAUUGAUUGGAGCUGAGCGAUCAGUUUGUGAGGCGGUGAUAAGAGCCUUGCAGGAUCAGUGGGAGCUAUCUUCGCCCGAAUGGAUUGCUGACACGGGAGAUCAAAUGAAGUUUGCAGGAUAUGAGCUUCAGAAGACUGCUGAAGGUAUUCGUCUGCAUCAAGAAAGCUAUGUUCAGGAUUUGCUUGAACAGAACGAAGAAGUCACGGGGACGGAGCGGACUCCGGCUGUGAAGAUGGGUAGCUUUGAUGAUGUGGUUGAUGAAGCUGAAAGGCGGGAUCUCACGAAGAGGUCGCAAGGCCUGGUGGGUCAACUUUUGUGGUUGGCUGGACGUACAAGGCCUGAUCUGGCCUACGCUGUUAGCAUGGCGGCGCAAAAGAUCGUGCCGUGUCCUCGUGAAGCCCUAGCGCGAGCAGAGCAUGUAGUGAAGUACUUGAGGGGAUCUCCUGGAGUUAGUCUUCAUUACAAGGCAGCAGAUGGCGAUUGUGGAAGAUGGGGGCAGCUGAGACAUCGGCAGACAAGCACGACAUUGGAUGUUUAUACGGACGCCUCGUUUGCAGCGGAUGAACAGUGUAGAAGUUUUGGAUCAGUGCAUUUGUACUGGGCUGGAGCUCUGGUGUCGUGGGCUGCUGCUCGCCAAACCCUCAUUGCUGCUCAUACUGCUGAAAGCGAGCUUUAUUCUCUUGCAGAAGGACAUUUGAUGGGUAAAGCCUUUAGACCCACUGUAGCUGCAUUGAUGGAUGUGAGUGAGCAGGGAGUCACUUGUCACCUAUAUUGUGACAACGCGGCGGCAGUGCAGCUUUGCAUCCUGGAAUCGGGGUCGUGGAGGACACGGCAUCUACGACUACGAGGGGCCAUCAUCAGACAGGACAUUGAGAAUGAAGUGUGGUCUCUAGCGCACCUAGAUGGGGUUUAUAUGCCUGCAGAUUUGGGCACGAAGCCAGUUGGACCAGCGAGGCUGGAAGAUCUUAUCAAGUUGUGUGACUUGUUGAAUCCACAUGUAAGUGCAAACGAUGAUCCUCCGAGACCCAGCGUAGCAGCUUUAAGGACGCAGCCGUCAGGAUUCACUUCGAUUCUUUUGGCUUUGCUGAUGCUUGUGCAGGUUAAUGGCGCGAAGGCUUUGGAAGGAAGUUUGCCAGAGUCAACUGGUACUACCUUGGUUUUCGGAUUUGUGUUGGGAUUAGGUGUUGGGUGUGGAGUUUAUGUGGCUGAGGGUCUAGGGAGGCUUGCUGGCAGGUGUCUUCACAGGGUUAGAAAAGCCAGGAUGAGAUCAUCAUGCUCUGUGUCGAGUGAAGCAUCCGGUGGUCAGUGCUUGCUGGUACAGUCUGUAGGUGUUCAAACCUCACCCGAACCCCUCCUCGCCAUGCAACCGGGAUUGAGCGAACGUACCGAUGUGGAACGGGUCAUGAUUCCAUUGGCAUCAGGAGAUUUGGUUCCUAUCGAAGAAGCUACGUAUGAUGAUAUAAGGGAUGCUUAUUAUGCUGAUCUUCGCUCAGCGUAUGAGAAUGCGGAAGAUGUGCCAGAGCAUCUUCGCGAGGAUGCUUUUCGACGGACGUUGAUUGCAGGGUUGGGCUCACCUAGGAUCCCUACUGUCGCUCGUCCCCCGAACUACCCUGCUGUGGAUCAUGAGGACCCUGCGCCGGUCGUUGAGCUAGAACACCAGGUGUAUCAAGUAGGAGAUGAUGACAUAAGUAGCUCUGAGGAUUCAGAUCAAUCUCUGUCGAUUGCUGGGAGCACUGCGACUGGGGGAGCUGUACGAACUGCUCGGUCGGGCAGUGAUGGAGAGGGUUCGCCUAGUGGUGGGUCGAGCUCGAGUGGUCAUGGUGCUACGUCUAGGUUGGUUGCUUUGAGUGUCGUCGCUCUUCCGCAUGGGGCCAGGGGACAUUCAGGAAGUGAGUUGAGUAUGGGCGAUGCUGAGGGGACUUGGGAGUUGUGGAUAGUUUUGGGGUUGAUUGUUUUAGUUAGCAUGCUUUUAGGUGCUGGUUGUUUGUUUUUCGGAUGGAAGUAUUUUGGGGACAAGCGGAUGAGUACUGGUAACACUUGUCAUGCAGAGGGAGGAGCCGUCCCGAGUGAGACGCCAAGAGCGACUGGGAGCGAUCGUGAUCAACUAGCUUCGCCUGUGAUAAAUAUCACGGUCACGGGAAGCACUGCAGAGACUAGGUGGAGUGGGUCAGAAUCGUUUGUUUCUUCUGAGAGCAUGAGCCAGGGGGAGCCUCGGGUUCAGAUCCAGAAGUCCUCGCGCGGCGAGGGUAAAGGAGUGGGAACGGGUAAGAAGUCAGUCGAGGUUUUGUGUGGGGAUCAAGCAACUUCAGGCGGUACGGGCCGGGUGGUAUCCAGGGCGGAGGAACCUCAAUUCUUGUACCCUAGUGGUUUAGGCCCUUCGGUGACCCGUGUGGAGGACCCUGACCUGUUAGACCCUAAUGUUUUAGGCCCACAGGGUACUCGUCAGCGCAUCAGGGUGGAGGGACCGGCAACUGGAGGAGGAGUCAAGACACCUCAACCUCUAGGCCCUAGUGGUUUAGUCCCAGCGGUGACCUGUGUGGAGGACCCUCGACCUGUAGACCCCGGUUUAGGCCCCGUGGUUACCCGUGUGCAGUAUGAUGGCGCUGGCAGCGCUAGUGCAGCAGAGGUGCGAGAUCAGAACCCUGCAGAAGUCCCAAGGUUGCGCAGCAGUCUAGGGGCGUUACGACAGCGAGUCAAUCGCUCCGGGACUGAAAGCAGGCCAGUUGAGAUGGUUGGGCCAAGAGCUGCCCAGGCAACUCCGGAUGUAUUGGGCGGGUCACGGGAGCCUUUAGAAUUUCCAGGUUUGGGUAACUUGAGGGAGCGGGUUCCAUUGGAUCGGUUUAGUCGACCUCAGGGUGUGAAGCAGAAAGUAAUCCUCAGCUGUCGAGGUGAAGAUCUGACCCCGUUUGUGUACUUGACGCAGCAUGGUGGAUGCUUACAUAGCGGAACAGAUUGCCCUCCCAUGCGGUGUUCGGGGCAACCUAUUCAACGUAGCCUGUGUAGGUAUUGCUUUGAGGUUCAGGGUUCAGGCCUUCCUUCAAGAAGAGAUGCGAGCGGAACCGACCGUGUUGUCUGCUUUACAAAAUCCGGGCACUAUGUACACGCAGCAGAAACAUGCAGAUGUCUCGAUCGAGAUGAGGAGAUGCUGUAUCGCAAGCUGUGUAGAUGUUGCAGAUGGGGGCCAUGA